AUGGCCAACUUGAUUACCGUUUUCGGCGCCACUGGCAACCAAGGUGGCUCCGUCAUCGAUGCCAUCCUCAACGAUUCUCAGCUCUCCAAGGAGUUCAAGAUUCGCGGCAUUACUCGUGACACCAGCAAGAAGUCCGCCCAGGACCUCGCCAAGCGCGGUGUCGAUGUUGUUUCGGCCGACCUUGACUCUGUGGAUUCCCUGACCGCUGCACUCAAGGAAUCCCACACCGUUUUCCUGGUUACCAACUACUGGGAGACCAUGAACGCCGACGUUGAAUUCUCCCAGGGCAAGAACGUGACCGACGUCUGCAAGGCCGUUGGUGUUUCCCACCUCAUUUUCUCUUCUCUUCAUAACGUGAAAGAGGAGAGCAAGGGUCGUCUCACCAACGUUCCCCACUUCGACAGCAAGGCCAACGUCGAGAAGUACAUCCGUUCUUCAGGAGUUGGCAGCAGCUUCGUGCUUCCUGGAUAUUAUAUGAGCAACUUUACUCAGAUGCUUAAUCGUGCUGAGGAUGGCUCCUACCAGCUUUUCUACCCUGUUAGCAACGAGGCCAAGUUCCCUCUCUUCGAUGCUGCCCAAGACACCGGUCUCUUCGUCAAGGCCGCUCUCAAACACAAGGGUCAAUUGAAGAACCACCAGAUCUUGGCUGCUGCCAAGUACUAUACCCCCCAGGAAAUUGUCGACAUCUUCUCUCGGGUCUCUGGCAAGAAGGCUGUAUUCAUUCAAGUUGAUUCGGAGCAGUACAAGGCUUCUCUGCCACCCGCUAUCGCUCUGGAAUACCUCGAGAACCAGCUGUUUGUUGCCGACCCUGGCUACUACCUUGGAGAGUCCCUUGAGCCCAGCCUGAAGCUUCUUGACUCUGCGCCUACCACUUGGGACGAAUUCGUCAAGAAGAAUGUUUCCGCCUGGAAAUAA